AAUAAAUGGAUAUUCAAAAAACAAUUUAAUUUAUUGAAUAAAAAUGGUAAAAUGACAUAUAAUAAAAUCUCGAAGAUUAUAUUAGAAUUCCUAAUAUGAGCAAAUCCUUUGAUUCUGAAUGGAACACUAACGGUUUAUUAGAAAAAGCUGCUAAUCAUUUAUUUAAUUGGGCUAAAAGCCAGAAUUUAAAAAAUGCAAAGCUUGAAAUAAUUAAAGAUGCUGAUAAAACCCCUUUAAUAUAUAUAGAAGUAGACGGAACUACCUAAAAUACCUAAACAGUAUUAUUAUAUGGUCAUUUUGAUAAAUAACCGCCAUUUACAGGCUGGAAAGAAGGACUUGAAUUCAAUAAACCGAAAAUUAUUGACGAAAAAUUAUAUGGAAGAGGUGGAGCUGAUGACGGUUAUAGUAUUUUCGGGGCAGUAACUGCAAUAAAAAUAUGCCAAGAAUAAUAGCUACCGCACCCACGAUGUAUUAUAUUAAUUGAAGGUGAUGAAGAAUCUGGAUCAUAACACUUACCUUUAUAUCUUGAAAAACUAAAGGACAGAAUCGGAGAAAUAUCAAUAGUUUUUUGCCUAGAUUCAGGUACUUUAAACUAUGAAUAAUUAUGGAUAACAUCUUCUUUAAGAGGAUCUAUUGCAUUAAAUUUAAAUAUAAAAGUACUUAAUGAAGGAGUACAUAGUGGAGACGCUAGUGGAGUUGUUCCGAGCAGUUUUAGAAUUUUAAGAAUAAUUUUAGAUAGGCUUGAAAAUUCUAAAACUGGAGAAAUUCAUGAAGAUUUAUAAGUUAUUAUUCCACAUGAUAGAUAUUUUCAAGCUUUUAAAGUUAGUGAAUAUAUAGGAAAUGAUUUAAUUUAUAAAUUUCCUUUCGUAUAAGGCAUGUAACCUACUACUUAAAAUGUUUUUAAUGCUUAUAUAAAUAAAACUUGGAAACCUUAAGUAAGCUAUACAGGAGUCGAUCAUUUACCAAAUACUAGUAAUGCAGGAAAUGUAUUAAGACCAGAAACUACUAUUAAAUUAAGUGUAAGAAUACCACCUACAAAAUGUGUUAAGGAAGCUAAAGAAACUUUGAUUAAAUUAUUGACUGAAAAUCCUCCUUAUGGUGCCUAAGUUACAUGUACUAAUGUAAUUGGUAAUAGUGGAUGGAAUUGUCCUCCUGUAGAAAAAUAUCUUGAAAAUAGUAUUUAAAGUGCUAGUAAAGCUUUUUAUGGAAAAGACGCACUUUAUCUAGGAGAAGGAGGGUCUAUUCCACUUAUGGGAUUACUUUAGAGACUUUUCCCGAAGGCCUAGUUUGUUGUAACAGGUGUAUUAGGACCAAAUUCUAAUGCACAUGGACCAAAUGAAUUUUUACAUAUACCUUUCACAAAAAAACUAAUUUGUUGUAUUGCCAAAAUAUUAAAUGAUAGUUAUGAAUAAUUAAAAUGAUAUAUAUAUUCUAAAAUUUAUUAUAAGUUAUCAUAAUUUAUUAUAAAUUUCGUAUAAAUAUUAAUAUUAAUUUUAAUAAAAAAUAGAUAAUUUAAUAAUAAU